AUCCAAAUUGGAAACGUAUUUCUGUACCUACUACUGAACAUCAAGAUAAUAUGCAUAUAGGACAAGCUGUGUGAAAUACGUAAUAAGUGAUAUCUGAUGUUUUAAUUUGUAUUCAUGGAUAUAAGGAUUCAAUUAUUUAAAUCUUGAAAAAUAAGUGUGCAUUAAUCAGUUAUUUACUUUUUAAACGGGUUUGUUUUAUAAUAUCGUUUUGACUGUUAUACUGUAUAUACUUUGCUGUGUAUGUAAAACCAUGCCUGCUAAAGGGAGAGAUUCUUAUGUGGUCAAAGCACAGCUGAGUGAAGCGGCGGGACGAUAUGACGAAAUGGUUGAAGACGUCCGAGAUAUGGUGACAGCUUUACCUAAAAACAAUUGUCUCACUGAAGAUGAAAGAAAUCUACUGGCUGUAGCCUUCAAAAAUGAGGUUGGCGUUCGUCGCAGGGCUUUAAAAUCACUUCAAAAGAUUUUUUCUUCAACAAAAAUAGUGAAUCCCUCUAGAACAAAAGAAUUUCAUGAUUACAAAGCAAAUAUUUUAAGCGAAUUGGAGUUUUUGUGCAAUGACCUUAUUUGGAUGUUAGAUUCAAAACUAUUGCCUGCCGUAAAGGAACCGAUUGAUGAUAUUUUCUAUCAUAAAAUGAAGGCUGACUACUUCCGGUAUUUAGCGGAAGUGGAGGAAGAUGAGCAGAAGUCGGCUGAUUACAUUGAAAAAGCGAAAGAAAAUUACGCAGGUGCGACAGAGGUUUCACAGAAUGGUUUGGCCGCUACCCAUCCGCUUCGUAUUGGACUCGCUAUGAAUUACUCCGUGUUUAUGAAGGAAAUGCUUGGAAUCACCAAGGAGGCACGUGACCAUGCCAAGCGUUUCUAUGACGAGGCACUGGAUGAACUUGAAAGCGUUCGGGAAGUUGAUGAAUCGCGCUAUAGCGAAUGUGCAUAUCUAUUAAAACUAUUACAUGAAAAUAUUAAUGUUUGGUCACUGGAGCUAGGCGAUUUAAAAACUCCAUCAAAAGAGUUCUAAAAAGCAAUAUAAGCAAUUUACAUUUAAGUCUUAAUUUUCCGAUUUAUUCUUAACACGGCUUUAAAUCCGUGACUUUCAAAAUAUACAUUACUUUAAAGGACUUUAGCAGUAAGACUUGUUAUAGUAUGUAUCAACAUACUUUUGAGAAAAUGUGUGCUUGUUUAAGUGUCUGAGAUACAAUAUAUGAGUCGGCCUGUUCUCACGGACUUUUCCCACGUGUUUAAAACUUCGAAUAACUAGACUUAGACUUGUCUAGCGUGUCAGAACUACAAGUCUCUUCAAUGUGACUGACAGUGUAUUCGAAUUGUUCAUUUGUUGUGAUAGAUAUUAAUUAUAUAUUUAUUACUCCCUUCUGAAUAUUGUUUUGUACAUAUACCGCAUCGUACUCCUUUUAA